CGAGGCUACCUUUGUGGCAUGCUUGUGGCAACACUAGGCGUUCGAGUUGUUCUCUUUGCAUUCGUUUCAUCUGUUUGUUAUCAAAGAGCUACAGUAUCCGGGGCUCUAGCGGAGAAGGUGCCGACGAGGCGUAAAGUCGUCAUAAUCGGCGCUGGAAUGGCGGGAAUCCAAGCAGCCUACACCUUGCACACGUCCGCUAUACAGGAUUUCUCUAUUCUCGAGGCGAACUCGUCAAUAGGAGGACGCGUUGCUGCGAAAAUGCUGAUGGGUGGCCACCCGAUGAAUACGGGACCUUUGACAAUCAACAGAGGCGCCAAAUUUGUUCACGGAGUGCCGGGCAGCACGACUCUAGAUACGACGGAAAUCAAUCCUAUUUGGAUGUUGGCUGAUAAUGCUAGUUUAUUGAGGAAAAAUAUAGAUUUUUACAAUCGACUUUUCUACAUCGACAAUGGAACAAAUGGCGUGAAUGUAAUCGUAAAAUCUGGCAAAGAUCCAUUUGUAUUAGAGCGUGAAAAUGCCCUCAAGGAAGCUGUAGAGAACAUCUCUGCUAGCCAGCCUCCCUACACAGGUAAGCAACUAACUAACCUAGACAAAAUUAGGAGUGCGUUCACGAAUUAGAGCGAAUGGUGGAAUGUAGGGUACACCCUAA